AUGGAUUAUUGUGAGCUGGAGGUAAACCCUUUAUUUGAAAAUCAUCUAUUUCAAUUUAAAAAGCAUUGUACACUAUGGCGGAUGAAUUUAUUAGCUGUUUCUGACAGGGAUAAGAAUAUCAUGUUUAUUGCGAAAACUGAUAUUAUUUAUGUGUAUCGAUUGGGUUUAUUGGAUUAUAAACCAGGUGUCCCUAUUAAGGAAUUGAAAUGUCCUAUGGACGAGAAUUUAAAAAGCCGUAUAAUUAAUGCUAUAAAAGUAGGUAACAUCGGUAAUGAGGAAGUGCUUGUUAGUGUUGAUGAUUUAGGUGAUGUUUUUGUAUGGUUUACGGCUAAUCUCGAUAAAAAUCCAAUUCAAUUCAAUUCCGAUGAAGAAGAAUCACGUACUCAAAAAUCAUAUUCUUCAGAUGAUGACGCACUUGGUGGGCAAGCAAAAUCUGUUCUUCGAGGGCAUGAAAAUAAUAUCCCCAAUAUCUGUUUUAGCGCGUGCGGUCGAUUUUUGGUUUCUUGUAGUAUUGACAAUACAUGUCGGCUAUGGAAUGUUAAAAAUGGGGAAUUGAUGCAAACAAAGGUAUUGGUUCGCCAUGGGGGUGGAAUCAAUGACGAUUGGUAUGAAAUGAAUGAAGAUUGGGGUUGGACGGUAAAUUUUGUCUCUAAAUCUGCCUUCAAAAAUAUUUCUCCUAAUAGUGAAGUUUACAGGCGUCUGACUUCAAAUCCAGAGAGUUCUCAGCAAGUUAGGUCAACUAAUAAUAUGAAUCGUGGUUUUGGAUACGAUUUGGAUGAUGACCAGAUUCAUAUCGAUCAUAAUUCAGACGAUAUGCGUAGAUUGGUGGUUAGACGUCUAAGAAUAACAGAAUAUGAGGAUGGUUACAUGGAAGAUAGAUCUGAAAUUACAGGGGUGGAAUCGGAUGAUGAUUAUGUGGAAGAAUAUUCAAAUGAGAAUGACUAUACCGAAGGGGAAACGGAUAGUGAUGGCGAGGAGCAACCUGUCAUAGAUCGUCAUGAUGGGGAUAGAGCAUCCGACAUUGAAGAAAGUACUAUUUCGGUAGCUUAUCCAAUUCAACGUGAACCUCAUUUGGAAGUUGAAGGGAAUUCUACUCCAGCUUAUUAUGAUCGUGCUGAAUCAUCAACCCCUGUUGUAGAAAAUUAUACGGAGAAUAAUCCGGAUUACAGAUGGUCAGUUGGACAUGAAUUAAACAUCUUAAGUAAUGAGCAGAGCGACGAAAAUGGUCCAUCCUUAAUAUCAGAAGGUGAAACGAAGAAUAGUCAUGAUGGAGAGAGGUCGGAGAGGUUAUCAGAGGAAGAUACAGUAAGAUCACCCAUACAAGGUAUUCUUUCAACGUCAGCUUAUUCGCCUGUACAACCUUCAUAUUCUCCGAGAUCCAUGGUAUCAUCACCGCAAAAUGCAACAUCUGCUCCAUCACAUAUGUCUCCUAACCUAUCAUCCGAAACAUCAGGUAAUCAAAGUAAUGUAAAUUUCUCCCCAAGUUAUUCACCAGUUUCUUUUACAAGUACACCACUGGUAUCUUAUCAACAUAAUUAUUCAGAGUUCUCACCAUCCUUACCUACAAAUCCACGAUACGUCCCAACUUCUCCUUCUUAUUCACCAGUAUCACCUCAAUUCACGCCAUUCUCGCCUCAUUACGUUUCUACUUCUUCACGAUAUUCACCUGUUUCCCCACAUUAUUCGCCUACAUCUUCACAUUCAUCACGAUCAUCAAAUUAUUCACCCAUAUCUCCACGUUAUUCUCCAACUUCUCCACAUUAUUCACCUACUUCAUCACAAAAUUCACCAUCACCACCACGUUAUUCACCUAUCUCUCCCCAAUAUUUGCCAACGUCCAUACCCACUUCACCUCGUUAUACGAUGUCAUCAUCGCAAUAUUCACCUACAUCUCCGCAUUAUUCGCCAACAUCACCGCUUCAAGUUCCUACAACUCCGACAUAUUAUUCAUUGUCACACGAUUCCCCAAAUUAUAUUCCUACAUCUCCUCACUAUUCCCCCACAUUGUUUGAACAUUUCUCACGAGUUUCAACCGUACUAACGCCAUACUCACCGACUUUUCCACAAAAUUCAUUGUCACCACGUUAUUCUCCAGUAUCUCCGACAUAUUCUCCAAUAUCAUCAACUGAAUAUAAUUCGGCGAAUCGAGAAUCAUCUAUAAUAGCAACUAUAAUAAACGAUUUACAGCGGGGGUCACCAUCACCCAGUCCUGAUAAUCAUGAAAUUGAAUCAAAUUCUCAAUCAUCACGUAUGCAUACUGUUAAUGUUCGUGAUUUCCCAUCUAUUAAUAUCGAUAAUUCCCAGGAGUCACCUAUGAACAUUUCAGGUGUUCCAACGAAUGAGGGUGUGGCUUCUUCAAGUGAUUCACAUUCGGUUCCUUUAAAUCAUGAUUCGCCAUCAAUGAUUGCAAUGGAUAUUCCGGAUGUCUACGAUGCCCGUCUUCAACUUUCUGAUGAAUUAGUCCUUUAUACGUCAAAACAUGAUAUGUUUAUUCUUGAUCCUAAAUCACACUUGAAUAUAUUGCGAACUGAAAAUGAUGUAGUGUGUAAAGUAGAUACAAGACGGUUUUUAUCAUAUGGAGAUUAUGAUCGAUUAAAUAUGAUUGAGGUCCUACCGCAAAUUCGUUUAGAUCGCCCUUUAAAAUUGAAAAUUUUGUGUGAUAAAAUCUUACCUAAGUUUGUCUUUGCAAUAGGUGAUACCAGAACUUUCACUCACGAUUGUGGCUAG